CCUCUUCUCUUCUCUUCUCUCUCUCUCUCUCUCUCUCUCUCUCUCUCUCUCUCUCUCUCUCUCUCUGUCUCUCUCUCUCUCUCCUUGUUUCACGUAGAGUGUCUCCAACACAGACUAUACGAUUUCUAGAAGGUAGACAGCUUGUCUGGGUUGUUUAUCCUUGGGUUGUUUAUCCUUGUAAUUUUUUAGAAUCUGGACCAUUAAUAACAAGAAUUCUUUUUUGCUGAAUGAGGGAUUGGAUAAUUAAAAUAAUGUCUAGUGUUUAAACUUCUGACAACCAAAUAGACUAUUAAAAAGAACAAACUAUGGCAGCAAUUUGUUGAAGAGCAUAGUCAACGCAUGAUGGCGCUGCAGGCUAAGACUUUAAAAAUGAGGACCGCGGAAAGGGGACUUUAAAAAAAAAAAAAAUGCUUCUUCAGAUGCCCCCACAGAAAAGACCUUUAAGAGAAUGCUGCUAAUCUACACUUCGGAGCAAGCUAUUAACUAACAGGUCGACCCGUCUGGAUGCCCUUGUACCCUCGGUGCAGAAACAACAUGAAGAUCGGAAGGGAACACAGACAAAGGCAAGUUCUGUUGAUCUUUCUCUUGCUGGGAGUGGCUGGGGCGGGCUGGGAACCCCGCCGUUACUUUGUCAUGGAAGAAACACCCAGCGGCUCUGUUUUGGCAGAUCUAGUCCAGGACCUAGGGCUGGAAAUUACGGAGCUAGCUUCUAGAGGAGCCCAGGUAGUCUCUGAGGAAAAUGAAUCAGGCUUGCAGCUUGAUCUACAGACUGGGAAGCUAAUCUUAAAUGAUAAACUGGACCGGGAGGAGCUGUGCGGCCCCGCUGAGCCCUGUGUCACUCAUUUCCAAGUGUUACUGAAAAAACCACUGGAAAUAUUUCAAGCUGAGCUACGAGUAGGAGACAUUAAUGAUCAUUCUCCCGAGUUUCCUGAAAGAGAAAUGACCGUGAAAAUCAUAGAAAAUAGCCCGGUUGGCACUGCAUUUCUACUCAAAAGCGCUCAGGAUUUGGAUGUGGGAAAUAACAGCAUUCAGAACUACACGAUUGGUACCAAUUCUCAUUUCCAUGUUUCCAUCCGCAACCGAGGUGAUGGGAGAAAACACCCAGAGCUGGUUCUGGACAAAGAGCUUGAUCGGGAGGAGCAGGCAGAGUUCAGAUUAACUCUAACAGCGCUGGAUGGAGGUUCUCCGCCCCGGACUGGCACCUCACAAAUCCGGAUUCUUGUCUUGGAUGUCAAUGACAAUGCCCCUGAAUUUGCACAGGCUUUCUACAGGGUACACAUCCUAGAGAACAGCCCCUUGGGUUCCUUGGUUGCUAAGGUCUCUGCUAAGGAUUUAGACACUGGGACAAACGGAGAGGUAUCAUACUCUCUUUUUCAUAGUUCCCAGGAGAUGAGCAAAACUUUUGAGCUAAACGCCCAGUCAGGAGAAGUUCGUCUAAUUAAAACACUGGACUUUGAGACAACAUCUUCAUAUGACCUAGACGUAGAGGCAUCCGAUGGCGGGGGUCUUUCUGGAAAGUGUUCUGUUUCUAUUCAGGUGGUGGAUGCCAAUGAUAAUUACCCAGAACUAAUUAUAUCGUCGCUCACCAAUCCCAUCCCAGAAAAUUCACCAGAGACAGAGGUGGCUCUGUUUCGGGUUCGAGAUCGAGACUCUGGAGAAAAUGGAAGAACAGUUUGUUCCAUCCAGGAUGGUGUUCCCUUUACACUGGAACCUUCCGUUGAGAAUUUCUAUAGACUGAUGACAGACAGAGCUUUGGACAGAGAGAGCAGAGCUGAGUACAACAUCACCAUCACAGUCACCGACCUGGGCACACCCAGGCUCACAACCCAGCACACCAUAACAGUGCAGGUGUCCGACAUCAACGACAACGCCCCCGCCUUCAGCCAAACCUCCUAUACCUUGUUUGUCCGCGAGAACAACAGCCCCGCCCUGCACAUAGGCACCAUCAGUGCCACAGACUCAGACUCAGGCUCCAAUGCCCACAUCACCUACUCGCUGCUGUCGGCUCAGGACCCACAGCUGACCCUCGCCUCGCUCAUCUCCAUCAACGCUGACAAUGGGCAGCUGUUCGCGCUCAGGGCGCUGGACUAUGAGGCCCUGCAGGGUUUUGAGUUCUACGUGAGUGCGAUAGAUCAAGGCUCGCCCGCGCUCAGCAGCCAGGCUCUGGUGCGCGUGGUGGUGCUGGACGACAAUGACAACGAGCCCUUCGUGCUCUACCCACUGCAGAACACCUCUGCACCCUGCACAGAGCUGCUGCCCAGGGCGGCAGAGCCUGGCUACCUGGUCACCAAGGUGGUGGCUGUGGAUCGCGACUCGGGUCAGAAUGCCUGGCUGUCCUUCCAGCUGCUCAAGGCCACAGAGCCCGGGUUGUUCAGCGUGUGGGCACACAAUGGAGAGGUACGCACAACCAGGUUGCUGAGCGAGCGCGAUGUGCCCAAGCACAAGCUGCUGCUGGUGGUCAAGGACAAUGGAGAGCCUCCACGCUCUGCCAGCGUCAUGCUUCAAGUGCUUCUGGUGGAUGGCUUCUCCCAGCCCUACCUACCUCUGCCAGAGGUGGUGCGCGACCCCAGUCACCAGGAAGGCGAUGUGCUCACACUGUACCUGGUCAUUGCCUUGGCUUCUGUGUCUUCUCUCUUCCUUUUGUCUGUGCUGUUGUUUGUGGGGGUGAGGCUCUGCAGGAGGGCCAGGGAGGCCACUCUGGGUGUCUGCUCUAUGGCUGAGGGACACUUUCCUGGCCACCUGGUGGAUGUCAGCGGGGCAGGGACCCUGUCCCAGAGCUACCAGUAUGAGGUGUGUCUUACAGGAGAUUCUCAGAGUAAUGAGUUCAAAUUCUUGAAGCCUAUGUUUCCUGGUAUUGUAGACUAAAACUAUGGUAGGCAACUAGGAGAUGAUCCGUCCUCCCCAAGUGUUCAGGCAUGUGAAACUGCACAUUUUGCCCUUUGUAUCCUUCUGUCACUUUCACUUUUGCAUUUUCUUUUCAAAUCUGGUAGUAAUGUAUGCCUGUGUUUGUUUUUCCUUGUUUAGUUUACAUAGUAUUGUUGUUUGUUUAUUAGCUUGUUAAUUGUUUAAGUAUUUUUCCAAAUCUGUUGUUACUGAACAUUUUACAUCAGGACAUUUCAUGUUCCUGAUUAAAUUUGCCAUAGUCUCUCCUAAAGAAUGUGUAUUUUCUGUAAUGAAUAAAAUUCUAAUCAUAAAAGUAUAUUUCCUGACCUAGGGGAAUGAUUAGUUUAUAGAGUGCUUAUGUAGUUUGUUGGAGGCCUUAGAUUGGAUCCCUAUGUAAAUCAGCACUCGGAAGUGGAGGCAUGCUAUCGGGAAUCAAGGUCAUCUUCUACAUAGAGAAUGCAAGCUCAGCCUGGGCUAUGUGAUAAACAAGGUGGAUCAAGUCUCAAAAAUUAAAAAUAUAAUCCUGGUGUGUGAUCCCAUAGAAGAACAUGUGAUUUCUUUUAAGUAAUACUUCAUUUUAAAAUUGGAAGUCCUUAGUUUUAUUAUUUGCCUGGCUAUGACUUCAAUAGCCUCACUUGUGUUGUCUUUGGAAGCAGUUCAUAUUCCUUAACGUCAAGUUUCUUCCAGAUCCCCUAAUUAUGUUUUCUGUUCUCCAACACUGUAGACAUCAUCUCAUGAAAACCAGACCCACAUCAUCCAUUCUUUCUCCCCUAAAUUGACAUUGAAAGGGGUAAAAGUCUCUUUAUUAUCUUUAGCUGAUAGAAGCACUUGGUACGUUACUGGUGGCAUAAAAACAUUAAGCUCCAGGAAGCGUGAUACACACACACACACACACACACACACACACACACACACACACAUACACACACAUACACACACACGUGUGUGUGUGUGAUGCAGUAUCACUUGUUAUAGUGGGGAAAUCCUGAUGUAGAUCCCAAAUCCCAGCCUCAGCUUCUGGUUGUACAGCAUGCCAACGUUGACAUGCUUUGGAUGAUGAUAUUGCUCUGGUUGACAAGGAAUUUGAAAGAAAAUGCAUUAUAUAGAAUUAACAUUAGUUAACUAAACAAAUUUAGUAAGGAUAUGUUGAUGUCACAUUGAAUGAUUUGGAGAAAUUAUUCAGAAAACUGAUUCCCCCAAAGAUGUUCAGUCCUGAUCCCUAGAACCUAUGAAUGUUACUUUAUAUUGUAGAGAUAAAACAUGAACAAAAUUAAGGUUGUUAAUAACCUAAACUUAAAACAGAGUUUAUAUUCUAGAUCAUUUGGGUGGAUCUGAGAGAAACAGUGAAAGGCUUUAAAAGCAAAGUUGAAUUUACCCAGAGAUGAUGAAUAGCCAGACACAGUGGCACAUGCCUUUAGUCCCACACUUGGGAGGUAGAGACAAGCAGAUCUCUGAAUUCAAGGCCAGCUGCUCUACAGAGUGAAUUCCAGUAUGGCUAGAGCUACAAAGUGAGGCCCUGUCUUGAAAAAAAAAACAUGAGAGAGAGAGGUGGGGAGGAAAAGAAAUUCCUUAAGGACUGUUAGGUGUGUCUUAUGGCUCAGUAUUUCAACCUACCAUAUUCUGACUGUCAUACAGAUUUUGAACUUUCUAGUAAACUCCCAGAGUGGAAUAAAUCACUUCCUUGUGGCAUGUUUUCUGAUGGCUCUCUUUCUCCAGUUGAUGCUUGAGGAUGCAGCUAAUGAAAAGACUUAAAAAUACAGAAGUGGAGCCAGGCAGUGGUGGUGCCUUUUAAUCCCAGCACUCAGGAGGCAGAAGCAGGUGGAUCUUUAAGUUUGAGGCCAGCCUGGUCUACAGAGUGACUUCCAGUACAGCCUGGUCUACACAGAGAAGCUUUUUUUUGGAGAAAAGUAUGGACAUGGGUUUUUAAUUGGGUGGUGGAAAAAGUUAAGGUUGCUUUGUAUAGACUUGGUAGAAAUGUAAUCUUAGCAAGUGUGCCAGUAAAGACACAAAAGGAGGUGAGGCAUGCAGUCCUUAGAGAACACAAUGGCUUAUAGAAUUUAUAAUUUAAAGCAACUAUGGGGAGAAAUCUAGGCGUUAAAAUUUCUACUAGUAAGAGAUCAGGCAAGGAAAACAUUAUUAAAAACUGGAGGAAAUUAACACUUUUCUUUUUAUACAAUUGCAGAAAACUUAGCUGAAUCAUGGCCUGCAUUAUAUAAGGAAGAGAAUGCAUGCAUUUGGGCAUUUGGCAGAGGAAAUUUCCCAGAAAAUUGCCAGAAGUACAACUUGAUUUCUUCUCACUGGUUAUAGUAAAAUAUCAGAUGAAAAAUAAUAUAUACCGAGGGCCUGAUGACUGGAGGGAAUUCUCUCAUUCUCAUUGCAUUAUAACGUAAGUUAAAAUCAGGCAAUUCAUUGGUAGGAUACAUGCAUAGGAGAGAAGUCAUAGGUGCAACUGGGAAACCUUUCUCUAGUGCCUGGGAAAUCUCAGAGUUAAAAAUAGAGAAGAGAGUUACAAGAAGUUAAUAAUACAUAAGCUUCUUUGAAGGACCAAACACAUUUUCUAAUAGCACGUUUUCAAUGAAUUUUUCCUCAUGUACAGGUAUAAUGUGAUGCUAAUUGCAGUAAAUGUAUAACAUACUCUCUGACUGACAGAACUUUCAGAAGUUGGUCCCACCUUUCCAUUCUCCAUUGUGCCUGCUAGUGGGUUAGAAAGUAGCAAGUAUUAUUUUCUCCAGGCUAUUGUCAUCUAAUCAGUAGGAGCAGUUCUUGUCCUUUGGAAGCAAUGAUGACAAAUUUUUAAAUAAUGUUGAUUUGAAUAGAAGACGAGAGAAGAAAGUUUAUUACUAGUAUAUUUAGAUUUGGACUUUCUCCUAAUUUUGCCUAAACAUCAUACUUGGAUCAACCCUAUCAGCCUUCUCAUACGUUGAGAUGUUUUGAAGCAGUCCCAGAGAUUCAAACUUGUUAGAUCAGUUCAUUCAAGUUCCUAUUGUCUCAUAAGUUAUCUGGCAAUCGCUUCUCCAUCUUCUAUUUUAGAAAGGUUUGUAGAAGGUAUCUGUGAUUGUUUGAAUGAAAACUGUCUCCCAUAAGCUAAUAUAUUUGAGUACUUGGUCCCCAGAUGCUGGAUCUGUUUGGGGAGGCAGUGCAGGUCUGGUGGAGAAAGCACCUCUCUACAGGUGGGCUUAGAGAGUUCAUAGCAUUACUCCACAUCCAGGUUCCUCUCUUCCCUUGGGGUUUGUGACUGAAGAUGUGCUCUGUCAGCCUUUUUCUCUGCUGCCUGCCGCUGUACCUCACCAACCAUUGUAUAUUCUCCCUCUGGGAACGUGAGCAAAAAUAAACUCUUUCUUCCUUCA